UAAAGCACUGGUGCACCACACGCUCGCCACUUGCUCGCGCUCUCCCUCGCCCACGUUUCCCCGGCCGGCACAGGCUAAAAGCUAAGCCAGGACCAGCGCCCAGCUCUGGUCACGGGGAGCGUGUGUGCCGGUGUGCGGCUGCGGCGGGCCGGAGUGAGCGAGGAUGGGGAACUGCCAGGCGGCGGAGGUGGCGGCGGCGGUGGUGCAGCACCCGGGCGGGCGGGUGGAGCGGCUCUACUGGUCCACCCCCGCUGCCGAGGUGAUGCGCGCCAACCCGGGCCACUACGUCGCGCUCGUCACGCUCCGGGUCGCCGAGGAGCGCCAGGACGCCGACGGCGGCGGCGCGCGCCGCACCGUGCGCCUCACCCGCGUCAAGCUCCUCAAGCCCAAGGAGACGCUGCUCCUCGGCCACGUCUACCGCCUCAUCACCGCCAACGAGGUGACCAAGGCGGUGCAGGCGAGGAAGGAGGAGAAGCUGAGGAAGGCGCGGCAGCAGCUGCAGCAGCUGGAGUCGUCGACGCGGCAGAGCAAGCUGCGGCCGGCGGCCGACGGUGACGACGUCGACGACGACGACGACGAGGCCAGCUUGGAUGAGAGUCUCGAUCAGUUGGCACGCCAGGACGGAGGAGAUGGCCACCGGAGCUCCGGCGCCCGGCACCGGCAAUGGCGGCCCUCGCUGCACAGCAUCGACGAGGCCGCGAGCUGAUGCCCGGCCAUACAUAGCCCUCGGUGGAUCUUCUGUAUUUUCGGCGUCCACCCGGCUUCAACAGAUUAAUCUAGCUCGUGUUUAUGGUUUGCUGCCACAUCUGUGUUGGAUCGACACCCCGAUACGAGCGGGCCGCUUCUGAAGCGACUCCGUCGAUCGGAGCGUGUCCUGUGUCUUUGUACAUUUUCAGGGUUUCUCGUCAGGAUCUGUUAGUGAGAGCGAGACUGCCUUUUUCUUUCUUUCUCUUGAUACAUUUGCACCUGAUUAAGAUGCAUGAAAGAAGUUCAGAACACGACUAGCUAAAAUAUCCAUACAAGAGAUGAUGCCAUGUUCA